CCACAAUUCAUCCGACUUUUACUGAGUCAGAGUAGGGGUCUAUCUGGCUCAGAAUUUUCUAUAUCCUGACUGCAGUUUCAGAGAGGGGAAGUAUCCAGCUUGCGGUAUCUGUAACAUUAUAAAGCUGGGCAGGAGACAGCAGGUUAUUAUCUUAAAGCCCAGACAAGUAUGUAUCACCAUGAUAUGAUAUGAUAUGAUAUGAUAUAAUAUGUUAUGAUAGGAUAUGAUAGGAUAUGAUAUGAUGAUAUGAUACGAUACAAUAUGAGAAUAGAGUAGUUCACACUGGAUUGCCCUGGUUUGGAUUGGAUUGUGUGUUUCUUUAAAGAGGGGGCACAGACAAAGCUGAAAGAGGUGGAGCCAAUAAUUAAAUAAGGGAUCAGCCCAAUCCAUAUCAACACACACACACACACCCCCGCCCACAGUACAGUGGUACCUCAGGUUACAGAAGCUUCAGGUGACAGACUCUGCUCAGGUUAAGAACUUUGCUUCAGAAUGAGAACAGAAAUCACAUGGCCGGCAGCAGGAGGCCCCAUUAGCUAAAGUGGUACCUCAGGUUAAGAACAGUUUCAGGUUAAGAAUGGACCUCCAGAAUGAAUUAAGUUCUUAACACCAAGGUACCACUGUACUCAGUGCCUCAGAUAUCACCAGCUGGUCAGACCAGUUUGGGACUAGUCUGAGUGGUGGGUACCUAACAGAAACCCCUUCCACAAUUCAGACUUGGCAGUCAGUUUAGGCUCCGCAUUAAGCUGAAGAAAUCUAUUUGCUGAGUCAUUUGGAGAUAUAAACAUUCUUGGCCCUCUGUCAAGUCCCCCCGUGCAGCCUCACAUCUAAGCACCUCAUGCAGUUCAGCUGAAGAAAUGGAGGCUGUUUAGGUCAGGCUUUGCCAGUGUGGUGCCUGCAGGUGACAGUGUGCCCUCCAGAACCUCCUAGGGUGUCUGCAAAAGCAGUGGCAGACUUUGGUCUCUCGGACUUUAGUGGUGUCCUGUGCAACACUAAAAUUUGGCAUCCCUCUCCGCCUCUCACACCAUUCUAAAUCACUGCUGUGCUGCCCUAAAACUGCCUCUGGCGAAAAGCCUCCCUAAACAUCCCAGGGCACUCCCACACUAGCAGCAACCCCUAAAGAACCUCCAGAUCCCGCAGUUCCAGCCACAGCACUGAAGGUUCCCAUGGUGGCUGCUUCAGCUUCUCGGUGGAGCUUGGGCCAGCUGCUCCCCCCCCCCCAUUAAUUCCAGGACUAGUGAUGGAUGAUGUUCAUUGGGAUUGGUAGGGUGGAAGGCAGGGAGCCCAACAGUAGGUGGCUCCACAGCCAGUGACAGGCAGAACAAACUAAUUCUAGCUUUGCCCCAAUCCUCCUCCCUGCUGAGUUCUACAAGGGCAACCUGAGACUUAAGGAGGAGAAAGCUGGCAAACAGGGCUGCCCCUUGGACUGGUUGCAGGUAAGAAAGGAAAGCAGGUGGGGGCUGGUUGAGGGCACCCUGAGGUUGGUGGGGCAGUGCCCCAUUUGCCCUAAUGGAGUGGCCACCAGGGCCAGGGUAAUUGAGCCAACUGCACAAGACUGCUCUGGAGGUGAAGGAAGCUUGUGUAGGCACGUGCCAGAGUUGGGGCCUUCCUGAGAGCCAGAAAGGGGCAGAGUUUUCACCUGUUAUAUAGGCUUUCAGUGUGAGCCAGGCUAGUGCGGAGACAUCAGCUCCUGUAGGGUGUGCUCCAGAACGUGGUAAUGGAUGCACCUGAAUUUAUGUGAAGCAAACUUGGAAGUGGUGUCUUCCUGUGAAGGGGCUUAUUGAAGAAGGAUGAGUUAUGAGCUGCUGAAUGUGGGUCAUCGUCCGUCCCCUGUCCCCCCGUCCCCCGUUCAUAUAUUUUGGCUGGGAGGACUUGAAAGCUCUCUUACCUCUAGACAUGGCUGCCCUAAAGGCUGUUGCCUAAAGUUUUGAAAAAGUUUUCCCAUCCAUGAUAUAAACCAAUGCAGCCUGAAGGUGAGUCCCCAUGAGGUCUUACAUCCAGGCUACUUUACCAGGGUGCUAGCCUUUACUAGGCUGACGUAGCCUGGGACCCCAAUUGUCAUGAGUGUUUCUGAGUAACAGAUUCAGAGGAAAUCAAAAGAAGGGUGUGUGACUUUUCAUGGUGGCUGAGUGGGAUAUUAUCAAUAGCUUUGUCCUCUGUGAUUUUGCCUAAUUUUUGAUGCCAUCUGAGUUGGUGGUGAUUGCUACUUCUUCUUAAAUUAAAUCAAGAAGACUUUACCCAGGGAUGACUUGGGGAAGUAAUAAAUGGGAGUAACUGACGGACAAUUGAACUGAUUCUGAGGAGGAUCUUUUUGAUGUUCGUGGGGGUGUAAUCAAAUUGAAGUGGAACUGGUUUGGAAGGUGACCGAAGGUUGGAUGCAAAUUAGCUGAAGAACUUUUCUGAUAGGUGAAGAGAUCCGACAGUCAAAUAACUUACCUUUGAUGCUUUGGAUGGAAUUGACUGGCUUCCUGUGACAUUUAAACCCCACAUUUGCAGCUGUACUUUCUAACUUUGCAAAUGGCCCAUAAACAGGUGUCUGUUCUCCGAAUAUUCUGGGUGCCUAGUAAAGUCCCUGGCAGCCUUAGUGUUAAUAUGCUCAUGAGUAGUCCUCCGAGUGAUUUGCAAACUUUCCCUCGCAUACAACCCCUGCCUGAAAUGAGCAGCUGAUGGGACCUUGCUGGAAGCCUUUGCUGAACGGGAGCUUCGUCCCUUGCAAUGUGUCCUCUGAUCAGGAGAAGCAAAAAGUCUCUACAGAUAAAGCAUAUUGGGUUUCACGUCAACAGCCCGCACCCCCUACUUUUGUUAACCAGCAACAGCCAGGCCAAAAUAAUUAAUCAGCUGGGAGAGUUUUUUUCCUAGGAUCAGAACCCCAGGCGCAGCUUCCCCUCCGAAACGCGUGUGGCGUGUUAAAGGCGCGAGGACAAACCCGGGGAAAAAAGGUGGCAACUCGCAAGCGUGGAUGGAUGCCUGCUGAGAAAGAGAGUACUCUAUUCUCCUUCCGUCCGGAAUUUUCAUUUAGCAAUAAAAUUUCUGCAAUUAAAACACCCUAUCCAUGAUCAGAUCCUUUUACUCCGUGUUGAUGAAUCUGCCACGGGGCCGCGCUGCUUCACAAGUGAUUUGUACCCCACCGUUUCAAGCUUCUUUCUUACUAAAGAUUUUUUUAAAAAACAAACCCGUACGUGCAACAAGCAAACACAUGCACUGCACAGCACAGGCGCAACUUUGCUAGUAUGGAUGGGAAACCCGUGUGAACGCGGGUCAGCGAUCCCAAGAGCCUGUCAAAGGAAAGAGGUUUCCAGCUUCCCAACCUCACCUCCCCGCUCCGUUUUCGUCUUCAACCUCAACGUCUUGCGAUGAUCCGUGUAAAGCGGUUGUGAGAAUCCGCGUCAUACAGUACAAAGAGUCAAAUGCAAGUUCUUUCCCCGCCUCAUAUCUCUUGACCUGAAUGGCAAACCAAAUCAGCCUUCCUACGCCUCUACCCAAGAAUUCCAGGGAGCUUUAAAGACACCACAGACUUUUUACUCAUUUAUUUGAGGAAUAGCUUUCCCCCUCUAAAUCUUUUAAUAUUAUAUCUUUCUGCACCUAAAACAUCUUCUUAGGGGACGGUGAGGCCGGAGAUAUUUUAUUCCCCCCACCCCCACCACCGCACCUAUCGAUUGAGAAGUUGGUCCUGUCCAGCCAGUGGCAAAAUUACCUUUUGAGGAGGGGAAGAGUGAGGAUCUCAAAGGGGACGACUGAGGAGAUGCUGAGCUGAGAAGACUUGCGCGGGGGGGGUGUGUUAAAUUUGAACCUCUGAGUCUCUAAUACGUCUGGUUUUCGUGUUUCUGUCUAACUCCCUAUAUCUAUCUGUAUUUCUGUGUGUAUCUUUAUGUGUGUAUUUUAUAUGUAUAGAGUGUGCAUAUGUGUCUAACUCCAUCGUGUAUAUCUGUGCAUAACUAUAUAUUGCGUGUCUCUCUCUGUGUGUCUCUCUGUAUCUAACUUUCUGCGUAUCUCUCUAAAUAACGUGUGCAUACCGAUGUGUAUUAUCUAACUCAUCUAAUUCGUUCUCUCGCUCGUUCUCUAUCGUGUGUGCGUGUAUACCUUUGUGCACAUCUAUCUAACUCUCUGCGUGUAUCUAAUUGUGUAUGUCUAAUUCUCUUUCUGGUGGGUGUGCGUUUGUGUCUGUCAGCCUGUCUAUCUUGAUGUAUGUACCUCCGUGUUUCUUCUAUCUACCUCUCUCGUACGCUUGUGCGUCUCUCUCUCUCUCUCUGUAUCAACUGUUCACAAACUUUGCGCCCCUAAAUCCGAGUUUAAGGCGUUGCUUUUAACCUAUUUCAGAUGUCUGUGGUUCUGUUUAAUGACGCCGCCGCCGCCAAUAAUAAUAAUAAUAAUAGAAAUAAUACAAAUUCUGAGUUCCUUUCCGAUUUACAUAUCGGAUCCUCCCUAAGCGAAAGGUGGCCGCUCUGAGGAGCCUGGCAGUGCCCGUUUUCCCCUGGGAAAGAGACUCCCGAUUACCUGUUCGGGACUUGCAAACCUGGUUCCGGGCUGCGCAGAUGGCUGCCUGGGGUUUUUUUGUUGUUUUUGUUUUGUUUUUGAACCCUCUAUUCUCUCAGGACUGUGUUUAUGCCCAGGGAGAGAAAUAGCGCGUCGCCCCUAUAAUCUGCUUCUGUUACUGAUGCUUACAAAAGUGGGGGGUGUCGGGGAGAAAAUAAAAUAAAAAUGUUUCCUACUGGGGUUUUUUCAGUCGUCAAUCAAAUCUUUCUCGGUCCCGUAGCCUUCAGCCUAAAAGGGCAGAUCCUGUAUUCCGCCGGAGAGUUUUAGGGAUGAUGCACUUUGCGAAGCUUUAAGAGGACAUCCUAGACCUGGACCCCUGUCUCGUAGGCGCCUAAACGGAUUUGAAAGCGUUUUCGCUUCUUGAUCCGGUUUGAGGCAACUUAAUUGGUGGUGAAGGGGAACCGAUCCGCAUCUAAUUAUCAUUGGUUAUAACGAUAGCCGUCGACAUUAUCAUUUUUGGUAUUAAAGAGGGGAGGGGGGAGAUUUCUGUUCUGAAAUGUAAGAAAAACAAAUUGCUUCUCUCUCUCUAAUCUAGUUCCACUCCGGAUUUUAAAAAGUGGGGCGGCGUUAUUUGAAAAAGAAAGAGACUGACAGAUUUAUAAUAAUUUGUUUUUAUUUAGAAUCCUUGGUUCCUUUCCUGAUCAUCCCUCAAAACGUCAACUGUGAAAAAACAUUUUCGUUUUUAAAACGAAAAAGCGCGUAUGGUAUGCGUGAGACAGAUAAAGAUUGUUGCUUUUAAAAAAUCAGCACGCGACCAGGACAUUCUGUAUUUUCACCCAGGUAAUUCUGUAAGGCUAGUUUAUUAUUAUUAUUCAGACGUUCCCGUUUCUGCCGCUUAAAAGCGGUUCCGAGCAGCGGAUCCACAGAGCGGCUUUCGCGUUCUUUCUGCCCCAUCCAUCCAGCUAGGUAGAGACGUUCUUCGAACAAGCUCCAGCGCUUCAGAAAAUUCCUCUUGACUUAUCUGCUUAAUACAAUUUCUUCUGUAGUCUCUUAUUCUCAAUCUCUCUCACUCCUAAUCCUACACUGAAAUUCUAUCUGACUUGCCCUUCCUGAACAACCCUCGAUCUUUGCGUGAGAGCGAGCGCCCCCCGAGUUUCCUAUGGGGACCCAGCUCCCCCUUUUCCUUCGACGGGCGUCCCCGUCUCUUCCCAAAACGACCUGCGUCCAUAAUAUCUGGCGAUCGGAUUGGGAGAGAAAGCGCUUGGGUGGAAACGAGCGUCCAAAGAAGCGCGCGGAUCCCCGUCUCCACUAGCUCAGAAACUCUUAGGAAGGAAUCGAACAUCUUAAGGCGCGUGUGCUGUGGAUUUUGUUAAGGGAAGCAGGAUUCGAGAUUUUGAGGAGGUCUGCGUAAUAUUUGGGAGCUGGGGCAGGUGGAAGAAGUAUCUAUCUAUAUUUAUUCACACUGUUUCAAAAACAUAAGAGGACCCCUCCGAUCUGCGCUGUCUCUCAGUUUCCAACCCGAGCGCAGCGCGUCUGCUCCAUUUCCCGGGUCAGUUUCACGUCUAAAAUUCCCGGUUCUCGUUUUCUCGUCGUUUUCUCUUUCUCGGCUGGAACGCCAGCCGAUCGCCCGCUCCUUACACCUCUGGGCGGGUGUAUGGAGGCUCUCCACUUGCCCCAUUAAUGAAGACCCACUUCAUCCUAGCCUCAGUAUUCCCUUCUUUGCGCUUUAAAAAAAGACCCCUCUUUCCAAUCGAGGGGGGGGGGGAAUAGAUCCCCGGACCUUGCAGGUGCGAUGAGAUCUCUGCGUGUGCCAGAAUCCCUUCCUAGAUUAUUAUCAACAUUAUUAUUUUAAUUUUUAAACUCUCUUCUCCUGUCUAGUCCUCCCGGGAGUUGUUUAAAGAGGCUGGCAAGGCUUUUUGUGUGUGCCAGGAACCUUUGGAAAUAGCAGGUGUCGAAAGAUGUGAUUCUCUCUCCCCCCCCCCCCCUCUACACAUCGUCCUGCCUCUCUCUGUCUCUGCCUCCAUUGGUGGGCUCAGGGUGGGCUAGGAAAGGCAGACUCUCCGCCUCUCCCUCUCCCCCCACCUCUGCCUAGAUCAGCUGCCCCCACCCCCUCUAAAGGAGGAGGGCCCCCCUCCCUCCUUCCCACUCUCUCCCUUUUCUCAAGCGCUGGCUCCUUCUGGUAGAACAAGUCUAUCUUGCGACGUCAGGGUGGUAGAGGAGGGGGGUUAUUAAUAACCAAUUAGAGGGGUCAUCGGAGCGCAUAUAUAGUACCAGCCCUCAGGAUCUGGGCCCAGAAGACUCUGUUGCCACUUGCUAAGCAGGCAGUGGCUUGGGGGUCUCCACUUGCUCCUGGGACAGCCCACCUCCCUCGCAUUCUCUCUCUCAUUCUCUCUCUCUCUCUUUCCCCGAACAGAUCAGAGCCAGCUGCCCAGGAUCUCUGACCCCCACGCAGACCCCAGCUCCAAGCUUGCCCCCCACUUUCACACACACUGCCACACACCCCAAAACCUACCAUCUCCCUUGAAGCCUCGCCCCACCUUGUCCUUAUGAUGGGCUCCGUGCUCCCCGCGGAAGCCCUGGUCCUCAAGGGGGGGCUGAAGGGGCCCGGGCUCUCGCUGGCCGAGGUGAUCACGUCGGACAUCCUGCACAGCUUCCUCUACGGCCGGUGGAGGAACGUCCUGGGCGAGCAGCUCUUCGAGGAGAAGGCCGCCGGGGGCUGUGGCGGUGGAGGCGGAGGAGGCGGAGGAGGAGCGCACAGCAACCCCAAAACGGCCUUCACGGCGGAGGUCCUGGCUCAGUCCUUCUCUGGAGGUGAGUCUAUCGCCCUCAGAGACCUCCUGGUGGGUCGGUGUGUGUGUGUGUGUGGAUAGAGGUCUAGAAGGGUGUGAGAGAAUAAUUUCCAAGCUCAAACCUAAUCGUGUCUACUCAGGAGUAAGUCCUGUUGCAUCAACUGGUCUUGCUCCCAGGUAAGUGGGGUCAGGAUGGCAGCUGGAAAGUUUAAUCCCAGUCCUGUUUGCUUGGGAGUAAGUUCUAUUGCAUCCCUUGGAGCUUACUCCCAGGUAAGUGGGUUAGGGUUACAGCCUUAGGAAGUUUGUCUGUUUUUUUAAAAAUCAAAGAGGGUUAUAAACUGAGCGUUGCAUUCCUGGGCAGUAUUCAGCGGGACUCCAAGACGUACUUUUUGGGAGGAGGGGGAGAGGUUGCCUUAGGGGGAGGUUGCCUUACACGAGGAAAACUGAGGCGCGCUUUCGAAAUCUCUCCCACUGAAACCGGACGCGAUGAAGCCCCGAGGUAGCUCUCGACAGUAUUAGCUCCGCCUAAACAAAAAUGUGCCUUUAUUAAGAAAUGCCCUAAAGGCAUCCCAUUCCGCCUGUGGAUUCAUCAGGGAUCUCUUUUCCCCAAAUCUGCGAGGCACAAAGUUCUUUUAGAACCCCUGGCUCACAAGAAAAAUGUGUUGAGUAAUUUCCAGCACCCCCUCUUCCGCCCCUCAUUUCACAUCCUUCCCCCAAAGUAUGGGUUUUCGAAAAUAAUUUUUCCCCCUCUAACCAACGAUGCGUAAAAGUCUUGCUAAAAAUAAUCAGAGUUUCUCUCCUUGCGCUCUCUGCAACCCCAGAAAUAAAGGGAAGUGCGGUAGAGGUGGAAAGUCCCAGGUUCAAUCCACAGUGGCAUUUCCUGGUAGCGUUGGGAGAGACCUCCUGGAGAGCUGCUGCCAGUCAGUGUAGGCAAUAUUGAACUAGAUGGACCACUGGUCUGGCUCAGUGGAAGGCAGCUCCCCACGUCCCUACUUAAAUCAAACUCGAAUUCAGAACCACGAGGACUGGAAUCUUAGUUCUUUUUAAGGGGAAGGCCAGUAGCUCAGCGGUAGAGCAGCUGUUUUGCAUGCAGAAGGUUUCACUGGCAUUUCCAGGUAGGGGGAGAACCAUGCCUGAAAACCUGGGAAAGCCACUGCUAAUCCGUGUAGCCAAUAUUGAGCAGAUGGAGCCAGUGGUCUGAGUCAGUAUGGAGGCAGCUUCCACAGCAGGCGCUGUAACUCUCCAACAGUUUCACUUUACCCCACCGUAGCAUUCUCUUCCAUUGCCCCUCGAGACAGAAGGAUGCCGGCAGCAACAGCAAAAGUAUGUGUUUCUAGAGGGGGGCGGAUGGGAAGUAACUUACCUGUCCUCAAAAAGAAAUCUAGAAAGCUUGAUCAGGUUGGGAUCUCCACCCCACCCACCCCUGGAAAAGGAUGAAGUAACAGGAGACCUUGAUUCGCUCCCCCAGGAGAAAAUAAAAAUAAAAACCCCAAAACAAAAUAAAUAAAUCAGCCAACACAUCCAGCUUCUGUAAAAGCCCAACAGACCAAUUCUGAAAGCACUCUGAUACUGGGAUUUUCCCAUCAGUGUUCUCUGAAUGGUCUCCAAAAACCUCUCCCCUCCUUCUCCUCACCCGCCCUUUCAGAAGAACUAAACACAUACUUUUCUGCCCCUCAACAUAACCAGAGUGUAAAUUUGUGCCAUAUUCUGACCUCCUUCCCAAAGAUGUUUUAAAUCUAUCUUUUAAAUAUAUAUAUGUAUUUAAAAUAAUCCUUUUCUGCCUUUCUCACUCCCUGUCUUCCCCUUGAAUUUAGCUCUUCACCCCCCAAAAAGUAUGAGCCUUAUUCUCUCUCUCUUUGAAAAGCCUUUGGCAUUUAAAUUCUUAUUAGGCGUGUAAUAGCAGCUGACUGAUAAAGGAAAUUUUAAAUUCAUUUAGUUAACUUGGGCCUGACCUGAGGGCCGGGGUGGGGGGGGGGGGAGAAAUUCCCACUUAAACCAAGAACUUUAAAAGGGCAAUUUGGGAGGGGGGGUGGAGAGAAGAAGAAGAAAGGGUUGAUGGGGGGGGUCACAUUUUUCUUUUUCUUCAAAAUGUCUCAAGUGCUUUCCCCUCAUUCAUCAAUCCUAGGACGGUCUAUUUUCCCUGCUGGCAUCUCCGUGGCUCCCUGCUUCUACACUCCCCCCACCCUCCCUGGAAGAUUACUGUUCCUUUCUUAAUUUGCCAUGAAAACUCCAUUCUGUGGCCUUUCAGGGGAUGUCAACCAGCUAAUCUCUCCCAUUUUGUCCAGAGAAAUUCCUGGGCCUUUUAGAACAAGUUUCUGAGGGCAUUCAGGGCCGACCAUGGACGGGCAAACAGCGAUCUCCAAAGGCUAAUGAAUUUAGAAUUAGUGAUUUUCUAUCCAAGGGACUUAAAUGAAUGCAGAUCACUUUAAACAGUGUGACAAAUUGCUUUAUGGAGUGCAAUGGACACUAUUUAACCCUCUCCACCCUCCCCCCCUCCAGCCCAGGAACCCCCUUGUUCCACAUCCCACUUUUUCCCAGGUUGGCUUAGAAAGGGAGGCUUGUAAAAGAUUAUGCACCAGCUCUCCUCCACCCCAUUCCAUGGGGUAUAUGCACCCCACAGGGCCUCAGUCAAGGGGCGUUGUGCUGCACACCCCAUCAAUGAAGAUCUGUGAGUGAAAAGACUCUGUGUGUGAGGUUAGCAGGGGCACAGUUUAGAAUCCCCAAAAGAUCUCUGCUUGGAUCAGACCAGGGGUUCUGUCUAGUCUGGCGGUCAUGUUCUUACAGCAGCCAACCAAAUGCCUGUGGGAAACCAGCAAGCACACAAUGUUCAACUCUGGACUUGAUGACCAUUUGCCUCUGUGUGUGUUGUUUUGUGUUCCUGCAAAAUAAAUAUGUUUAUUUCCCCGGAACAACAAGGACUAGAAACUUAAUUUGCUUUUAGGGCAAGGGUCAUAGCUCAGCGGUAGAGCACCUGAUUUGCACGCAAAGGUUCCCACGUUCGACCCCGGAUGGCAUCUCCAGGUAGGGUUGGGAGGGAAACCCCGUCUGAAAUUCUGGAGAGCUGCUGCCAGUCAGUGUAGACAAAAUGGAGCUACAGUAUGUGGAGCUCCCUGUGUUCCUCAGCUCAGCUGGUAAUGUGCAUUAACUUCACUUAACUCCAACUGUGGCAGUUAUACAUUUGAGGGGUGGGGGCUCCAGCUUAUUCUGCCGAGAGGGUCCCCAGACAAGUCUUGCCCUGAUGGCGCCACUGAUGAGGGGGAGGGUGUGCAAGCCCACUGGAAAGAGGUGGGCCAACAAAGCUGCUUUGAAACAACAAAAAAAGGGCCCCAUGAAUGUGGACGAAAGAGAACUGUUUUUCUCACUGCCCAUGCAAGGAACAGGGCAAGACUCGUGCACAGCAGAUGUCUAGACCCCACUCAGCAAAAUGAGCAGGACCCCACUCCCAAUGCAACAGGGACUUACCUUAUUUUGAGGUCCCCAUAAAACUAUUUAGUUCAGAGUUGAAUCAUCCUUCAAUGCACAACUGGAACACAAACAUUGCUUGUAUACCAGUCCAGAUCUUAGGACUAUCUAGCUCAGUAUUGUCUACACUGACUGGCAGCAGCUUCCCAGGGUUUCAGAUUGGGUGCCUUCCCAGUUCUACCUGCAGAUGCCGUUGGUGACUGAACCUGGGAUCUUCUGCACUCAGAGCGGAUGCUCUGCUGCUGAGCUACAGCCUUUCCCUAUAACUAAGGACCUAGUCCUCAUGGUUCUAAAUAAGCAACUGAUUAAAACAAAAAGUGAUGUAUUACACUGAGUCAGACCCUGGGUCCAGCUAGCUCAGUAUUGUCUACACUAACCACCAUCAGCUCUCCAAAGUUUCAGGUGGGGCAUCUUCCCUGCCUUCCCUGGAGAUGCCAUUGUGGUGGUGGUGGGGUUUCAGCCUGGGCCUUCUGCACUCAUAGCAGAUGCUCUUCCACUUAUCCAUGGACAUUCCCCCUUCCCCUGAAGUGGAACUUAAAGUUUCAGUGGGACAUCUUAACCAAUUGGUUAACCAAUGCAUACUUUUCCUUGAGAAAGCCACACCCAGGAGCCCCCAAUAUUCUUGCUUAUAUCCAACAGUGAGUCUACUCUGAGUAAAAUUCAGUGGGCUAUAAUCCUCUGCCAACAUAUUCCACGAUGACCCCAAUUCACAGCUACCCCAAACAUCCGCACACCUCUCUAAGUUGGCGACUGAGGGCCAAGUGAUUGUGCUUUUGGGGUCUGUGGUUGGGUGGUGCGGCAAGGGGGACCUAUGUGUUCCACAUACCUCACAUGGGCAUUGUGUUCAGCGUGAUUUGUAGAUGUGUGUCUGUGUGGAUUAUCAUGAAAGUGUGUGCAUUCCUAGUAUGCAUGAUUGGUUCCUGGCAGGGGUCUGUGGGGUCAUCAAGAUAAGACUUUGAGGACACUCAUCAGGGUUCCACUCAACAGAGAAGUGUCCCCCACACACAACAGUGAUGGUUUUUGAGAAUUGUGUGUCUCUGUGUGUUUGUAGGGUGUGUGUGUGUGUGUGUGUGUGUGUGUGCAUGCACGCUUGUUGUGUUGGGCAAAUUGGUAACUGGCCCAUUUUCUGAAUGUGGAGGCUACAUUUCCGGAGCGUAAGUGAUUUUAAGAGCAUAUAGGGAGAGCCUUGAUGGAUCAGACAAAAUGGUUGAUCUGCUUUAAGAUCCUGUUUCCAAUGGAGGACAGCCAAAUGCCAGGUUUAAAGGGACAGCCCACCCCAUUCUUUCUUCUUGGCGCCUGAUAUUCAGAGGUAAGCAUUUUUUAAAAAAAAUGAUUGCUGUAACCUUAUGGCUAAAGAAUAACGCAAAUCUCUUCAAGAGAACAUAGCUUGGAAGCACACCGUUCCUCCACGCGUUAUGCUGAUGUGGCUCACCUGCUUUUGUGGAGUGCUGAGGUGCUCUACGGGUGUUCAGUGUUUAUUUUAUUUUACUAAUUAAAUUUGUAUACCACCCAUCAUCUGUAGAUCUCAGGGCGGUUCGCAACAUAAAAUACAAAAUAAAAACACGACAUGCAUAAUAAAAACAAGAACAAAAACCACAAACCAAUAACUGUCCCUGCCCAAACAUUUAAAAAGUGUAUAAGAUGUGUACAAGAGGCCUGGUUGAAGAGGAACAUUUUUGCUUGGAGCCUAAAGGUGUAUAAUGAAGGUGCCAAGCAAGCCUCCCUCGGGAGAGCGUUCUGUUAUGUGUAUAGGAUGUACUUUGUUAUAGGGACAAGGCUUGAGCUGUGGAAUCCAAAAUAUGUUCAAACAUUACUUACAAGUGAGGCUUGUGAUAAAAUGUUUGCUGGGUAUUCACCACCCACCCAGCCACCCAUGCCCUUCACCAUAAUACUCCAUUCCUUUCCUAUUUUUCUUUCCAUUAGCUUUAUUUCCCAUGGUUCUCAUUUGUACACAAGAGGGAUGUGCCUGUUUUAGUUUUCUUAAAAUGUUUUUCAUACUUCUGCAAACUUCGUAUUGGCACCACUUCUGGAUCAGCAGUCCUCUCUUGUCUCCAUUGCUGUCAGCACUCAUCAACUGUGUUGGCUUCUUAGUUGGAGAAGUCCAAUCGCCUCUUAAAAAGGGACGUGAGUUUGCAGCGGGGACUGCCAUAUAGGUUUAACAGAGUGUGUUUUAUAGAUAGUACAACUGUUCCUGUGCCGUCUUGCAUUCCUGGCUUUUGAUCAUCUAUGCACUGGAAUGAAUAGGCUGUGUUGAACUAAGUUCUCACUCGGGAUAGAUCUAACAUAGUCAAUCUCUCUCAAUUUAAAAGGGCUUACACACGUGCACACACCCUAAUAAUAAUAAUAAUAAUAAUAAUAAUAAUAAUAAUUUUACACAACUGCACCAUACUUUUAAAGCACAUUUAGUACACAUUUCAAGCACAUGGCUCCCCCAAAGAAUCAUGGGAACUGUAGUUUACUCAGAACCCUCCACAAACUGCAGCUCCCAGGAUACUGGGUGGGUGGGAGAAGCCACAUGAUGUAAAGGUGCAUUAAAUAGGCUUUAAAUAUACAUGGUGGGCAUGGCCUGUUUAAUGCAAGUAGUGUGAUACUUCCGUAAUAAUAUAACCUGGACAAGUCUCUGCUGCAGGGUGCUUCUAAAUUUAGACAGAGAAGGAGAUGACAGAGGAAAGGUUUGAGAAUAACGGUGAUGGUGGGGUUUUGAGCAUGAGUCAGUGCACCCAGUUCUGUGAUGCAUUAUGCAUAUGGAUGGGGCAAUGAGUGAAAUCUCCCAGAGGAAUUUAUAUACUUUGGGUUAGGCUGUGUACACACUGUACAUGCAAAGCACACUAAUAAUAAUAAUAGUAGUAGUAGUAGUAAUAAUAAUACCAGAAACUGUAGUUUGUGAAGGGUGAUGGGAACUGUAGUUCUGUGAGGGGAAGACUACAGUUCCCAACAUUCUUUUGUGUAGGCAAAGGGGCAUCUGUUCACAAUUCCUUCAUGGGUGUUCCCUUUGUGUGGAUGUGCACCAUCCUUACGUGUCUUGUGACCCCUUUAAGAACUGAAAGCCUGUCUAGAAACCUUUUUAUAAACCAACAAAUCAAGAAUGGAUUGGGUUUUACACUGGUCUUUCAUUUGGGACCCAGUGUACCUCAAUCCUACUUCUGCCAUUGUGGCACCCACAACUUUGGAACUCCCUGCCCCUUGACCUCAGGCAGCCAUUUUUGCUGUAAUCUAUUUUCAGCGCCUGAUAAAAAUAUUUUUCUUUAGGCAAGCCUCCUCAGAGAGACAUUAUAAUGUAUCUUUCAAUCUGGUUUUUAGCUUCUCCUUGAUUUUAAUUCUUUUUUUAGGUUUCAAAUAGUUGCUUUGAACUGCUUUUUUUAAAAAACUGAUCAUUUCAUAAUUUUAUAAAUUGCUUUGUUCUUCUUUACAAUCAAGUGGCAUAUGCACUUUGAAAAAUGCAUAAUUAUUCUUCCAGCCUGCUCCUAUAGCUCUUAAUGCAAAACAGUAAUGCAGCCAUAACCCCCUGGUAUUCUCCAGAGACUCUUGGCUGUAUAUACGCUUCAUCUUACUCUGCAUCCAGAGCACUCCCUUCACUGGUUUGGGAAGUGGUAUACACAGUGCUUUUUUUUCUUUAAAAAAAAAAUGUUUAGGGGUACUCUCAUUUUCCUACUCAUAUUGAAAUACUGCCCCUCAGUGAGGCCAAACUUAGAUUCACAAAAUGAAUACCCCUGCGUCCCCCCAGAAAAAAAGCACUGGGUACACACGACAUUAACCCCCAUCCAUAUCUAUCCUGUCCUUUCUUAGGAAAUGCUGCAUUUUGAUGUAUCGCCCUCUAAAAAAUCCCAGAUUCAAUCCAAAUUGUGAAAAAGGAUGGUCUCAGUGCAUUUUAAGCCAGUAAUGUGUGCACACAGCACCAGCCUGCUUUAACAACAAACACUCUUACCUAAAUCAGUCCCCAGAUCGGGUUGCAUUUCCAGCUUGGGCACCACCAGCACAAUUAUGCAAUUUGCUAGAUUUCUGCCUGCACCGGAGAGGUGAGCGCCUCUUUUUAACCUGCCUCACCUUUAAAAAAGCAUCUCUUCGAAGAGAUGACAAUGGAAGCAAAGUGGCAAUGAACUGGGGGAGAGCUCUCGGUUUCACUGUCAGCUGCUCAUAUUACUGGCACACGAGCCAGUUGCCUUCCUCCCACUAUGGAGAUAGUGAGAUAUGGGAUCCAUUUUCCCCGGGCUCUUUUCCUGACCCAACCCAGGUGUUCUGUGUUUCUUUUCUUGCAUCCUCUGGACAAUGAGAAUUGUGAAUGGGAAGGCAAUUGCUGUUAACCCUGAUAGCUAUGCUCUCCCACCACUAUCAGAGGCAGCAAUGCUUCUGAAUGCUGGUUGCUGGAAACCACAGAAGGGGACAGUGCUCUUGAACUCAGGUCCUGCUUGUGGGCUUCCCGCAAUGGGCAUCUGCUCAGCCCCCGUGAGAACAGGAUGCUGGACUAGAUGGGCCUUUGCAGAGCUGUAGCUACAGGGGGUGGGGGUAGUGUGAAGCAUUCAGAGGGGCACCAUUGAGGCUCUCAGCCUGUGUGUGUAUGUGUACACAAAUGCUCGUGUGUGUGUGUGCCAAAUUGGGUCUUUGACCCAGGUGAAAUAAAGCCUAGUUUCACCUCUGGAUCUUGGCCUGAUCCAGCAACCAGGCUCUUAUAUUUUGGAAGGUACGAGCAACCCAUUGCAUGAUCAUGAUAAAACAUUGAAUGACUGGCCCUACCAUUAGGCAAAGUGUGGUGUCUGCCUUAGGUGUCUGAUGCGAACGGUGGCAGUAGCAGAACCUCAAAUCAUGAUUUUGAGCUCCCCCCCCCCCCGCCUUUCAAAUGCCCAAUGUACAUAAACAGGUGUUGUUUUUGGGACUCCGGAUGACAACUCUGUUAUGGUAGUUCUGUUGUUAUUCCCACAUUGCAAAUUGGGGACAGCUGAGUUUGAGAAAAGGGGGGGGACCCACUGAUGUUAGUGGAAUUUUUAACCAGGAGCAAGAACUGAGGAUUGUUGAAAAUUCAUGACAAAUCUCUCAGCUGCGCUAACCAUACCCUCAAUUUACAGAGGCAGUAUAGCUGAGACGUUCAGAGAUGACAGACUUUGUCUUUGCAAACUGCUCACAAGGGCUCAGAGACAUCUGCUGGCCACUGGUGGAAACGGGAUACUGGGCUGCUUUGAUCCAAAGAUGAGGCAGUUCCCAUUGCUCUGUUCCUGCUUGCUCCGAAUGCUGGAUUACCCAUAGGGCAGCCUAAGCACGUUGCGUGUUGCGUUUCCAUUUUUGUAGAUUGUUACAUUUUGCAACACAAGGAUUUGUGUUUGUUUAGAGCUCUAGUGAAGGAGGGGCACCAAUAAAAAAGGAGAAAAUCAUGAGAUAAUUUGAUAUUUCCAAAAAACAACAAUCAAAGUACAGUAGUCAUCAUGGGGAAAAUCAGAACUUUGUGGACUUCCUUACACUCUAUUCCACUGAAUUGUUUUAACUCGAUUUUGAAUAAAUUUGCAACUAGUUAUUGCUGUUUUGAAUUUUAUUGUGUUAUUAGCUUCCUUAAUGGGUUGUGCAAACUGCUAUUGUGAAUGAUGCUUUUUAUAGUGUGGGGGGGGAGCAUUUUGGGCCCCCCAAAAAAGUUUGGGAACCACUGGUGUAGCUUAACUUCUUUCUCUCCCUCCCUUUUCUCUUUCUCUCUGACCCACAGAGGUCCAGAAGUUAUCCAGCUUGGUGCUGCCUUCAGAGGUCAUUAUUGCCCAGAGUUCCAUCCCUGGAGAAGGGCUGGGCAUCUUUUCUAAGACCUGGAUCAAAGCGGGCACAGAGAUGGGACCUUUCACUGGCAGGAUCAUCUCCCCGGAGCACGUGGACCUUUGCAAAAACAACAAUCUGAUGUGGGAGGUAAAGAAGCAAGGAUGUGUGCAUGUGUGUGUCCACAUGAGAGAGGAGGGUGACUCUUCUUGGAACGGGGUGGGGAAGCCAUAGCUCUCCAGAUGUUGUGGGACUCCAAUUCCCAUGAACCCCUGCAGCCAGCAUGGCCAAUGGUCCAGGAAUGAUGGGAGUUGAAGUCCAACAACAACUGAAAGGCCACAGGUCUUCUAUCCCUGAAUGAAGAGAUGGGAUGCAAGAGAUGGAAGAAUGCCUCUUUUUUUAACAGGCAUUCCCCCAUUAGGAAGGGGAAAGAAGGGGUGCUAGGGAUUGAACCAGGGACAUUCUGCAUGCAAAGUGGAUGCUCCAGCUCUGAGCUACGUCCCUUUACUUAGGGUUGUGGAACAGCCCAUAAUAAGUAUACUUGGCCUUGUAUUUCCUUUUAUCCUCCCAUUCCUGAUGACAGAGAUUGAGGCCAUUUGGAGCAGCAAAUCUACAGCCCACAAUUUCCACAAAUUGAUGCUAGUCCUGUGUAUGAAAACAGGCACACCUGUCAUAUUAGAAUGGCAAGAUCACAAUGGUUCAAGUGUGAGUGAUAUGCGCUUUGAUUUCCAGAAUAAAUAAAAGUUUAUUCAGAAGUCUGCUGAGAGACAUCCUGCAUUGCAGGGGGUUGGACUAGAUCAUGGGUAGGCAAACUAAGGCUCGGGGGCCGGAUCCAGCCCAAUCGCCUUCUAAAUCUGGCCCGCAAACAGUUCAGGAAUCAGCGUGUUUUCACAUGAGUAGAAUGUGUCCUUUUAUUUAAAAUGCAUCUGGGUUAUUUGUGGGGCAAAGGAAUUCGUUCAUCCCCCCCCCAAAAAAAAUACAGUCUGGCCCCCCAUAAGGUCUGAGGGACAGUGGACCAGCCCGCUGCUGAAAAAGUUUGCUGACGCCUGGGCUAGAUGAACAUCAGGGUCCCUUCCAACUCUCCAGUUCUACGAUCCCCACUCACUCAGUGAUUUCUGAGUGGUCUGCAGUGUGUAUGUUUGAGAACUGCCAUCUUAGAUUGCUUGAAAAGAGGAUUAGAAGUCUAUCAAUGGUUAUGAGCCGGGCUAACUAAAUAAAACCUACCCAUUUAUUAUCUUAUUAAUUAGUUUUUUAUACCACCUUUCAUCCAAGUAUCAUAGGGUGGUUUACAAUACAAAAACACAAAAAUACGUAAGAUAGACAAAAACAAUACCCCCCUCCCAGUUUAAAAGGCCAAAGAAUGUUUAAUUAGCCAAAGGCUUGGGAGAAGACAAAUGUUUUUGCCUGUCACAAAAGGUGCCAGGGGAGCUUCCCUGGGGAGAGCCUUCCACAAACGGAGAGCCACCGCAGAAAAUAUACAUUCUUGUGUUUCCACCCCCAAGGCCUCUUGUGGCUGAGGCAACAAAGAACGGCUUCAGAUGAAGCUUGCAGGGUCUAGAGCGGUUCAUAUGGGGAGAGGCAGUCCUUGAGGUAUUUAGAGACGUUGUACCUGAGAAUAUCACUUGCGGGGGUGGGCAAACUUCCAGAGGCAUUGUUGCCUUCAGCAUCCAUUUAUGGGCCUUCUCAGAAGACUCUAUGGUUAUGAACUAAUGCAGCUAUUAGGAACGCAGGGAAUGCCUGUGGGAAAGAAUGAGUCAGAAGGAGGCAGUGGAAUGGAUGGCUCUGUCACACAAGCUGACUAGGUUGCCAUAAUAGACAUGAUAUAAGUGUAUAAAUUUAUGCCUGGCAUGGACAAAGUGGAUAGAGAAAAGCUUUCCUUCCUCUCUCGUGAUGCUAGAACACAUGGGCAUCCAGUGAAGCUGAAUGUUGAAGGAUUCAGGACAGAUCAAAGAAAGGACUUCUUCAUGCAGCUCUUGGUUCAACUAUGGAACAAGGCUAUCCAUGGCUACCAGCCACAAUGGCUAAAUGCUCUGCAUCUAUGGCCAGAGGCAGUAAUGAUUCUGAAUACCCAGUAGCUGGAAGCCACAGGAAGAGAGGGUUGCUGUUGCACUUGGGCCUGUUUUGCAGGCUUUCCAUUGGAACAUCUGGCUGGCCACUGUGAGAAAAAUAAGUUUUAUGUAGGGUGCAGAAAGAUUUAAAAGCCCAAUUUUUAAAAAAUCUUGAUGCUCCGGAUAAUUUUCUACAACUUUUCUAACACACUGAUGAUACCUUUUCUGGGGUGGGAUAACCUGGAUGCAUCUAUUCAGAUGCGGUAGUUGAGUGUGAUUCAUGGACUGAAACCCUCUUGCCCUUCUUUCCAGGUCUUCAAUGAAGAUGGAACUGUCCGUUAUUUCAUUGAUGCCAGCCAAGAGGACCAUCGCAGCUGGAUGACAUACAUCAAGUGUGCCAGAAAUGAGCAGGAGCAGAACCUGGAGGUGGUCCAAAUUGGGAACAGCAUCUUUUACAAGGCCAUUGAGGUAAGGGUGUUACGGACAAGGGAAUGGGUGAGAGCAAAAAUACUUGCCUUCAACCUAAGUUGCUGAUGCUUCUUCAGACUUUUUAUUAUUCUUCUGGUGCUGGGGAGUUCAAUGUAGAAACAUAGGACUGAAUCCAAUGUAGCGCCAAGGGAAAGCAAUUUACUGGUGUACUUGUUCUGCUGCUGAAAUGCAAAGGCACUUUGUCAUUAAACUAGGAUGGCUUUAGAAGGGGAUUGGACACAUUUGUGGCAGGUAGAGCUAUUGAUGGCUACUAGCCAUGAUGGCUAUGCUCUGUCUCCACAACCAGAGGACGUAAUGCUUCUGAAUUCCAGUUGCUGGAAACCACAGAAAGAGAGAGUGGUCUUGGGCUCGGAUCCUAUUUGCAGGUUUCCCACAAGCAUCUGCUUGGCUACUGUGAGAACAGGAUACUGGACUGGUUGGGCCACUGGCCUGAUACAGCAGGCUCUUCUUUGAAAUCUCGGAAGCCAGAAGGAACGGCUCUAUGAAAUUCUUAUUGGUAAUUGUAUUUUGUUGUGGACUUUUAGGUGUUUGACACAAUAUGCUUUUCCCUGUACAAGUUUUUAUGCUGUCUUUGAUUGGUCAGUUAGCUAAGUAUUUUUAUUUAUUUACUUGAUUGGUGGGGGGAACUACCCCCUGCUCCCCCCUGGCUACGCCCAUGUUAAGAGGCUAUCCACUUUUUAGUUUUGCCUCUUAUAUAAGGUGCAGCUGAGAACAUCUCUGCAUAAUUUCUAUAGGAGAAUGGACCAUUAGGGCAAAUAGGGAGGUGCCCCAUCAACUUCAGUCUGCCCUCAGCCAGCCCUUACCUGUCUACCUUCUUUCUUAAAUUUAGAACGGAACUGGCUACCAGCUUCUUCCUCCUGAGUGUCAGAGUUGCCUUUGUAGAAUUCAGCCGGGAGGAGGAAGAUGGGGGGGGGGGGGGGAACUGGAAUCCAUCAGCUCUGCCCCUCAUUGGCUCUGGCACCACCUAUUGUUGCGCUUCCUGCCUUACACCAUACCAGUUCCAAUUGGUGGCAGCCACAACUGCUCACUUAUUUUUCAUCUGUGCAUGUGUCCAUCAGAGAUUGCAACUGAGGACUUUAGUUUAGGGGGUGGGGAGCUUUUUGCCUUCCUGAUGUAGCCAAGCUACAUUGUCCACCAAUCACUGAAGCCGAACAGUCAAGGCUGAGGAGAGCUAGAGUCCAACAACAUCUGGAGGGCUGGAGGUCACUCUACUGCUGGCUUUAGGUGAUCUAUCUGUUUCACUUUAGUGGACAAGUGAAGCUUUGCAAAUGUGGGGAAAUGCUGGAACCUGAAGACCACACACAGCGAGCAUCUACCCCUGCAGCAUAUUCUGAAAUGCAACACACACAGAUGCAAACACAGCCUACGCACACCCAAGUGCUAAGAACAGUUAUUACGCGCCAUCUUUCAUGUCUGGGGUUUUGUCUCCUAAUGUGAAAAUGAUAGUUAAGAUUUUAGCAACACUUGUAGGUUUACUUUUGGGGAGGGGGAGGUUCUUUUCUCCUGCAGAAGAUCUCUCUAACGCCUUUUGCCAUUUUGCUACUUAGCUUUCGUAAAAGAAAAUAACUGCUCUCUGUGUGAUGUAGUGGAAUGUGAGGGUGUUUUUGCAAAGAAAUUGCACCACCUUUCUCUGCAAAAGGCUGGUGUAACCUUUUCAUCCAAGCCUGGAAAAUGUUUCUUUCUUUUCUCUUUUGUUUGGCACUAGAAAUGAUAUCACAGUUAGCACUGGGCAAGCCUUGGUGAGGAGGCUGUUCCCAAAAAUGUGGGGAGGCAGUGCUAAGGAGGCCCCCUCUCUGGUCACCUGAUUUCAGAUAACCUCUUGUAUGUGAUGGAUAUUUCAGAGUGGAGAGGAUGCCUGUUUUAAAAGGAUGCUUUCCAUCUACAGUUUUUAUAUAUAUAUUAAAACUGCAGCUGUUUGCCUGGCAGAAGAGGCUAGCUCCUUUUCUGUUCCAAAAAGGCUAUCCUCCUCUACUAGGUGCAGCCAAAAGAUUAAACAUAUAAAUAAGAAAUAAAUAUCUCCUGCCGGAACGAUUAUGGCAUGUCUUAGAUUAUCCUUUUUUCUCCAACUGAUUAAUCUAAUUCAAGGGUGGGGAAAUGGCCCUCCAGGUCUCGCUUUCUCGCCCUUGAGCUCUUCUUAUCCCUCAAUGACCUUGCUUGAGAGAAUUUGAGGUCUGAUAAUGCCUCUUCUGGUUUCCUGGAUGGAGGACAGAGAAACUAGCCAACAAAACAAAGGGACAUUUUUACAUGCAUUGCUCCAUUCACUUUUCCCUCUGGACCCACCUACCACUGUUAUGUGGCCCUUGGAAGGUCACCCAAAAUAGAAUGCAGCCCUUGGGCUGAAAAGUGUUCCCCACUCCUAAUCUAAUUGGUUAAACAUUGCAGCCCUUAAGCACAGGGACUGACACUUUGGACAUAUCAUAAUAUAGAAUAAUGGUUAGAAGGGUAUCAGCACAAUCCUCGCAAUAGCUGACCAGACGCACCAGCAAACAGGACCUGAGAACAAAAGCUCUCCCCCCUCCUGUGGUUUCCAGCUACUGGCACUCAGAAGAAUUGCUGCCUUCAACCAUGGAGGCACAGUCUAGCCAUCGUGGCUAGUAGCCAUGGAGAGCCUCCUCUUCCUCCAUAAAUUUUUCUAACCCUCUUUUAAAGUCGUCCCCCCACUUCUCUCUCUAUAGAUGAUUCCUCCGGAUCAAGAAUUGCUUGUUUGGUAUGGGAACUCCCACAAUACCUUCCUGGGGAUCCCUGGAGUGCUGGGACUUGAGGAAGAGCAGAAGAAGAGUAAGCACGGUGAGGAGAUGGUUGAAUUCUGCUCAGGGUUGGCAUUGUAUAAAACUUGCCUUUCUUAAGAUUUCCCUCUGCCAGUUUGCGGGAUUUGCGGGGUGGAGUGGGGAGGAAGUGGGAAUAAGUCCCUCCUGUUUCUCUCUCUCUCUCUCUCUUUUAAAAAAAGUAAUUUGAAGAAAUCAAUACAAAACAAAUACAAAAAGCAGUGCAGUAUAUCUGAGAAGAGACUUACUAAUAGGUUGGUAAAGCACUUAAGACCACCAGGAAAGUCAAAUUCCACGCUGUACCAAGGAGAGGGAGUCUCACGUGUCUGAUGCACAUAAGAUGGUACCCCACCAAACCACACAGAAUUUUUCAGGGUCCUUUGAGCAUUUUGACAUGCGAUUUAUGAGUUAUUCUUUUUCCAGCUGAUGCUGAGUGCCACAUAUUUUUAAUAUCAUCUGUUGUAAAUGUUUUAGGUAUCCCUAGGGGGAAAGAAAGGUGUAACUAUUUUUAUCCUGCAAUGCAGACAUGCACUUUAAUUCUUGUUGUUCGUCAGUUGCAGCAUCACAGCUUGUGUGUAUGGGGGGGGGGUAGUCUCCUGAUGGAGGCCCGCCACUUUGUAUCUUUUCAGGGAAAGCCUUUAAAUAAAAUUGACAAAGCUCUUAACGUUUAAUCUUGCUGCUGUGUUUCAAAUGAAUGCAUCAACUAGGCCGCUGCCAUUUUAAAUGCUUUUAUCUUACUUAGCUGGGGCUUGCUGGAAUGCAAGCCAGCCUCAAAAUAUUUUCUUAAUUUCACUUAUUUAUACAAGAAGCGACAAUCAAUAUUCAGCAAUUCCUGUCUCCUGCACAGAAGCACCAAAUAUCUAGUUAAUUACAUUCAACUUUCAAUUUAUAAACAAAGAUAUCACUCUGCAAGUUGCCAUAUGUCCUCGGAGGCCUGUAACCAUGUCCCAUUAAUGUUGCAUACAUAAUAAAACUAUACUAGGUUUCUUGCCUGUUCGACUCUCUCACAUAUGGGUUGCCAGUUUGUCCAUCGGCAUUAAGUUCCAGAGUUGUGAGAUCCAGAUCUCAAACAGGUCUACAUUGAUAGAGUCUUCCAAUAAAAAUCCAGGGCAUAAUUGUGCCCACAGUAGGUCUUUGAAGCUAUCAAGGAGAAGUAUUUAUACAGGGGAAAGGAGAGAAGUGGUUUCUAAUUUUGGGAAUCUGAGGGCAUGCAAUGAAUUUUUAAAAGAUAUUAUUUCAUUCGGGCUGUGUCUUUUUAAAGUUUUCGUUCCUGUUGUAUAUAGAGUGGUACUGAUGUUGCUGCACGACCCUCCAUGAUAAAUAUUAAUUGCAUUGUUUAUUUCAUUAAUGACAUACAUAUAGAAUAUGGGCUUGAUCCGUCCCCAUCUGUGGGCUCACCUGCUCCGGGCAUGAGUAACUUCCAAGGUAGGGUGCUCCUUGGGAGACGAGGGAUGGCUGGAGGGGGUGAACCGGAGGGUGACAGUGACAUCCCCUAUGCAAAGUGGCAGCCCCUGCACUGCACAUGAGCUACUGAGGCCAGGCAGGGUGAAGGAAGAGGGCUCCUUUGUGGGGAUGGAUCAGGCCCUAUAGGAUUAUAUAGUUUUUUAUUAAAAUCAGGGGCUCAAUAUCUCAUUAUUUACUUCAGGAGUGAAUUAAUGCAAUGCGCUCUAAGUGGGCCAUCCCUCACACUUGUCCCAGAAGUUGCAAUUGGUGCAGAAUGCUGCAGCAUGAUUGCUGACAGGAGUGAGGCCAUAUGAGCAUAUAAAACCUGCACUCAGAGAUCACUGGUUGCUGAUUUGCUACCAGGCCAAGUUCAAGGUGUUACUAUUAGUAUAUAAAGCCCUUAGCAGCUUGCACCCAGCUUACCUGCAAGGUCACAAGUAGACCCACUCAACUGCUUCAAUCUGCAGAACAGGCCCUGUUACAGGAGCUGCAUAAUACUCAUUCCAGAUUUGUAAGAAAUCAGAUCUUUUAGUGUGGCAGCACCCACACUUUGGAACUCCCUGCUUAGUGAGAACAAGCAGGUGCUUUCACUGUAUUCUUUUCAGCACCUGUUAAAACCAUUUUUGUUUAGGGAAGCCUACCCAGACACAAAGAAGUGGCUUUUAGCUUAUUUAUUGUUUUUUAAAAAGUUUUAAAUAAUUGAUUUUAACAAUUUUUUUACCUAAUGAUUUCAUUAUUUUAUUCUCUUUGUAAACAAUUUUGGGGAUUUUUUUUUUUUACAGUCAAGUGGUGUGUAACUUGUAAUAAUAAUAAUUAAAAUUAAUUGUUCACUCUCACCAGCCUUCUGAGUACAUAACAUGUAGGACUGCACUAUAAAACCUUUUCAUCCCCUGAAAAGGCAUUCUUAUUCACCAGAUUUUAUCUAGAAAGUCACAACCCGAAUGAAAUAAUAUCUACUCCCCUCACAGAGCUGCAGCUAUCACAGUGGUUUAACCCAGGCAUAGGCAAACUUGGCCCCCCAGCUGUUUUGGGACUACAACUCCCAUCAUCCCUAGCUAACAGGACCAGUGGUCAGGGGUGAUGUGAACUGUAGUCUCAAAACAUCUGGAGGGCCGAGUUUGCCUAUGCCUGGUUUAAACAAUUCCUCUGGGAACUGUAGCUCUGGGAGGGAAAUAACAGCGCCCUGAACAAACUACAGCUCCCAGGAUUCUUUGGGGGAAGUGUUUAAAAAGCGGUAUGAAACUAUUUUAAAUAUAUAGUUACAGAUGAAGCCUAAGUGUAUAAAAUGAUGUUUUGUUUGGGAGUGGGGUUUGUUGCUGGAAAUAACCUAAACUUCUCCCUCUUGUCCAUUGCCCCUGCAGAGGACUUCCACGCAGCUGAAGCAGGUGCCAGUUCCACCGGCCGCAUGCGCUGCGUCAUCUGCCACCGCGGAUUCAACUCCCGCAGCAACCUGCGCUCCCACAUGCGCAUCCACACCCUGGACAAGCCCUUCGUCUGCCGCUUCUGCAACCGCCGCUUCAGUCAGUCCUCCACCCUCCGCAAUCACGUCCGGCUCCACACCGGCGAGCGCCCUUACAAGUGCCAGGUCUGCCAAAGUGCCUAUUCCCAGCUGGCCGGCCUGCGGGCCCACCAGAAGAGUGCCAGGCACCGGCCCCCCAACGGCUCCCUGCAGUCGCAUUCGCCGGCCCUGCCUGUGCCGCACCCCACCUCCCUAGCUCACCACAUCCCCACCAUGGUGCUGUGAGGUCGGGAAGAAGCCCCCUGGCACUGCCGUGAACUGGUGGGCACCAAGGCAUUGGUGAGCGCGCAGGGGAAAGGGGCAGGGGGAUUUUUGUGGUGGACCCAUCCAGCAGCGGCUUCUAGUGGGGCUUGGCAAAUGGAACUUACAUCUUCGGGCACAUGUCUACCGUCUGAACAAGAGAAGGGGGGGGCAGGGCGGGGCCUCUGGGCCCUGCUUUCGAGAUUCCCAGCAGCCUUCGGCUGCCCACUGUCAGAAACAGAGCACUGGGGAGGGAUUAAAGGACCUUUUGGUCUGGUCUGGAAUGAUAUGGGGAUUCUGCUCUGGCAAAGUCUCAUUAUUCCUAAGUGUGAGAACUAGGUGGGGGACUCUCUUAAUUUUUUAUUUUAGUAUUUCAAUAUUUCCAUCCAAGUUCCUUGGGUGAUUUCCACCAUCUUGGUUUCUUGUUCAUGAUGUGAGGCCUGUAUGGUCUUCCCUAUUUUGCCCAUUGACUCAGGCAUCCAAGUUAGAUAUAUUUCUGGGGACGAGAUAAGAGGCUGAGUGUAAGAUGAAGCCAUGGCAAAAAUGGAGAGAAAAGUAAAGGGUAGAGGAAUAAGCACUUCUUCACACCAUUCUUAAGUUUAAAGCAGGAAUAGGGAACGAGAUGUUGCUAGACUCCAUUAUCCUUAACCGUUGGUCAUCCUCCAGAGCUAGACAAGGUGAGAUCUCUUCCUAUGGCAGCAGGAUCCACCAGGGCAGCAGAUCUAGACUUGUCACAUGUCAGGAAAAUUCCUGACAUGUCCUGGUUUGCAGGUGUAAAAAUGGCGUGGGGGGGGGGAUUUUGCCAAAUCGUCAAAAUGUCAGAGAAAACCAGGAUGGAAAAAGCAGCGAAACAGCUCAAAAAGCUUAAAAUCACUAUUAUUGGGUUAGGUUUCCUCAAAAAAGCUCAACAAUUUUGGGGUCUUCCUAAAGAAAGCUCACAACUUUGCGGGUGUCAGGAAUUUUAAGCGGAUCCCAAUGUCAAUACUUCUUUCCGCCCCUUGUUCCCGAAGUAGAUCUUCCCUCCCCCCUUCUUCCUUGGCAGGGAGGGGGGGUGCCAUUUUGGAGUCAGCUUCAGGUGUCAACACAUCUUGGGCCAGCCCUGCCAUCCUUGCUGCAGAGGCUGAUGGGAGAUGGAGUCCAGAAGUAUCCAGAAGCCACCACAUACCACACAUGGCUAUUCUAGAGGCUUGGUGGUAGUUAUCAGGUGAUCCCACUUCUCUUCUGGAUUCGACAAAACCUGCCCACACACUCACAGGCACCUGCACUCCAUUAUCAUCCCCUGUGGUAGAAUUCAAUCCCAGGUUCCUGAAUUGAGCUCUGGGGUUCUUAACAGGUAGUUGGUUGGGGUGGGGGACUUCAUGGUUGGUGGAUGAUCCAGCCAAACUGGACAGGGUUCUGGGCUCUUGGGCUCUUCACACCUUCUCCAGCUCUGAAUUCAGGUUGACCCCUGUUGCUUUCUGCCGUAGAUGUGAAUUGUUAUCUCCACUGAAAAGCUUCAUGCUCUCUUUGACCUCUGGUGAAAUUCUUAUGGAUCAGCUAUUGACAAGAGUUUCAGCACCACUAUAAUCCCAGGCUAACUGCUCCCAUCACAGAUGGACUGUGAAGUAGGAACAUAACUUUAGAACAAAUCAAACUAUUUGAUUCCAUCAGUAUUGUCUACUCUGACCGAACCUCUCUCCAUCUCAGUCCUCUUUCUCUCUCCAUGGCAAUCAAGAUUGUUUGUAAACUCUGCAUC